CUGACUUUUAUAUCGGCCAAGCUUCCCGUUUAAUUGAUGUGCAGUGCUUUGUAUUGGCAUAUGAAAACGAUGAAUUUUUAGUGGAAAUGUGGCUGGCGUAUUGAAUAGAGUGGCCGGUCUGGAUUCAGCUAAUCUAGAAAGAGCCGUACGACAAAUUGUGCGAAAAAGUUUCGAAAGCUGGCGAAGCGGUUUCCCUCCAGUCGUAACUUACAUAUUGGAGCGCAUUCGAAAUGAAAUUCUGCUUGUGGCCGAUACCAUCAUGUGGUCUGCGCGUCUAACUGGACAAGAAAUACAUUAUUGCUAUUCAUCCGUUUGGCGACUAGUUUUACAUUUUAUGCUGACGGUGGUUAGGCGGUACAUCUCAAACAGUGUGAUUUCAAUGUCAAAUAACAUGACGGGAACGAUUGAUAGGCUGUCUGCUGCCUAUCGUUUAACGAAUCUCAUGAAUUUUCUUUAUUUUUGCUGCCGCGGUGGUUACGGGAAUGUUGCUGAGAUGAUCACACGCCCAAAAAUGAAAUCACCCAAACGGACAUUAGGUAUAUUCAUUGUCUGAGU